AUAUAAUCCAUGAUUUCCUGCUGAGUAGAGCUGAGAGGGGAAGGGGAAGGAAAACGGGGAAGGGGAAGAAGGGAAAGGGGAAGAACGGGGAACGGUGGGGGGUGCCACUCAUCUCUCUGUCCGCCCGCCUCUGGGGCUCACCAGAUGGCGUCGCUGCCUCCUCCUCCUCCUUCGGAUGAGGCCUUGAGGGCGGCGCCCGCCCAUUCGGAUAUGGCCGUCGACAAAGACUUAUCUGCCUCUGUGUCUGUUGUGGAGGGGAAUGAUGCAGUGACUGGUCAUAUCAUUUCUACAACUAUCGGAGGCAAAAAUGGUGAAAUGAAACGGACUAUCAGUUAUAUGGCAGAACGUAUAGUUGGAAAUGGAUCUUUUGGAAUUGUCUUUCAGGCAAAAUGCUUGGAAACUGGGGAGACAGUAGCUAUAAAGAAGGUCUUGCAAGAUCGGCGAUACAAGAAUCGUGAGUUACAGCUAAUGCGGUCAAUGGAUCAUCCUAAUGUUGUUUCUUUGAAGCAUUGUUUCUUCUCUACAACAAGCAAUAAUGAGCUAUUUCUAAAUCUCGUUAUGGAAUACGUCCCUGAAACUCUCUACCGAGUCCUUCGGCAUUAUGCCAACAUGAACCAAAGAAUGCCGCUUAUAUAUGUGAAGCUUUACACGUAUCAGAUUUUUAGGGCACUGGCAUACAUACACAAUGGUGCUGGGGUUUGUCAUAGGGAUGUCAAGCCUCAAAAUCUCCUGGUUGAUCCUCUAACACACCAGGUCAAGCUUUGUGAUUUUGGAAGUGCUAAAGUUCUGAUAAGAGGUGAAUCUAACAUCUCAUACAUUUGUUCGCGUUACUACCGGGCUCCAGAACUCAUAUUUGGGGCUACAGAAUACACCACCUCAAUUGAUAUAUGGUCUGCAGGAUGUGUUUUAGCUGAAUUGCUUCUUGGACAGCCACUCUUUCCUGGAGAAAACGCAGUUGACCAGCUUGUUGAGAUCAUUAAGGUGCUUGGCACACCAACUCGUGAGGAAAUUAGGUGCAUGAAUCCUAACUACACAGAGUUCCGAUUUCCACAGAUAAAAGCACACCCUUGGCACAAGAUCUUCCACAAACGGAUGCCACCAGAGGCAAUAGAUCUUACUUCACGUCUGCUUCAGUACUCCCCCAAUCUUCGAUGCACUGCUCUAGAAGCAUGUGCCCACCCCUUCUUUGAUGAACUUCGAGAGCCAAAUGCUCGCUUGCCAAAUGGUCGUCCUUUACCUCCAUUAUUUAACUUCAAGCAGGAGUUGAAUGGUGCUUUUCAAGAACUCGUGGAAAGGCUUGUUCCUGAGCAUGCGAGGAGGCAAUCUGGCUUGAAUUUUCUGCAUCCCACUGGCACAUAAGGGAUCAGAUGCCUACACUGGUUUUUAUGUCCGUGGCGGCUGGAAGAGGUUUCCAUGUCAAUUGCAUGUUUGUAUCUUAAAGUGCCAGCUUCGUGUGUAUGGCAGAGUGUAACCAUAGGCAGUGCUUCAGUCUGUAGUAGGUUUGCACGUGCUGCAGAUUGGCUGUCAUGGUGUGGCCUUUGUAUAUUGCUCUGUUCAGGGAAAGUUAAUCUGAACAGGGAGGAGGUGUAUGUAACAAUGCGGUCUAAGAGAAAAUCAUAGCUUUUGGAGUUAAAGAGGAUCUGCUUGUCAUCUCAGGACCUCUACACGGUGAAAUCCGAAACCACGGUUGAUCUUUUGUUUUCCCUUCGUUAUGACUAAGUAGUAAUCUUAAUGCAGUCUUCAAACUCGAACUCAUUAUUUUGUGUAUAUUUUCCCUAACCGUGAUUUUUGAAGCUGAAGAAGCUGAGAAAAGUACGGUUGCUCCUAGUCAAUAUUCUGUCUUGAUUUUCCAAGUCCA